CGGAAGAGGAAGUGAUUGAUACCGCCCCCACCGCCGCAAUGCAGAGGGAGGAAAAACAGCUUGAGGCAUCAUUAGAUGCACUGCUGAGUCAAGUGGCUGAUCUGAAGAACUCACUGGGGAGUUUCAUUUACAAGCUGGAGAACGAGUAUGACCGGCUGACCUGGCCAUCUGUCCUGGACAGUUUUGCCUUGCUUUCUGGACAGCUGAACACUCUGAACAAGGUCUUGAAGCAUGAAAAGACACCACUGUUCCGCAACCAAGUCAUCAUCCCUCUGGUGUUGUCCCCAGACCGAGAUGAAGAUCUCAUGAGGCAGACUGAAGGACGGGUACCUGUUUUCAGCCACGAGGUGGUCCCUGACCAUCUGAGAACCAAGCCUGACCCUGAGGUUGAAGAGCAAGAGAAGCAGCUGACCACGGAUGCUGCUCGCAUUGGUGCUGAUGCAGCACAGAAACAGAUCCAGAGCUUGAACAAGAUGUGCUCAAACCUUCUGGAGAAAAUCAACAAAGAGGAACGAGAAUCAGAGAGUGGAGGUCUCCGGCCGAACAAGCAGACCUUUAACCCAGCAGACACCAAUGCCUUAGUGGCAGCUGUUGCCUUUGGAAAGGGGCUGUCUAACUGGAGGCCUUCAGGCAGCAGUGGUCCUAGCCAGCCAGGCCAGCCGGGAGCUGGAACAGUCCUCGCGGGAGCCUCAGGAUUACAGCAGGUGCAGAUGGCAGGAGCUCCAAGUCAGCAGCAGCCAAUGCUCAGUGGGGUGCAGAUGGCCCAAGCAGGCCAGCCAGGGAAAAUGCCAAGUGGGAUAAAAACCAACAUCAAGUCGGCUUCCAUGCAUCCCUACCAGCGUUCCAUCACGACCAGAUGUGUAUCCACACAGCUCACUGAUCACAGCACACAGAGCGCGGCGAGUCCUGCAAUCAGCUCUGAGGCAGCGUCAGACGUUCUCCCCGCCACAGCAGGGCUGCCUUACUGGCCUGGCAGCCCGCUCACUCGUUCCUUCUCUUCUCUUCCCUUUGCACUGGAAAUAUCCGAGCUCACUGUCACAUUGGAUAGAAUUCAAGGUGUGCAUCUCCAAAACCCCUGGAGUAUCUUGGUGACCACUCUCCUUUAUUCCACCCAAAGAUUCUUCCUGUUGAAAGUUUCUUGAAAACGUUUUAAACCUAUUGAAACUAACCCCAAGUGUCUUUGUUGUCUCAGACUAAUAGCAACAUCAUCCCCAAAGUACUAUUUGAAAUGGAUUCCUUGUCCUCCCAGAGUGGAAGUGCCCUCCUGUCCUAAGAGGAGCAUACUCGGGACCCCACUUCUAUCUCGUGCCCUUAAGCAAACUGUCUUUACAUCUAUAUUCACUCUGAGAGGACAUGCUCUCAUUCCCAACCUCCCAACCCCCGAUCCUCUGGAGUGUACAAACCUAGCAGCAUCACCAACUUUGGGGCUCAUACAGCCCAGCAAGUGUCUCAGUGGAGAGUAUCUCCCAUCCCUAACAUACUCAUCCCCAAAGGAGGGAAUGGAGAUAAUAUUAUAGAGUUUCAAGAAGAGGACAUUGACCUGCUGUUCCCUUGCUCAGAUUUAAGAUAAAAAGAUGGCACUCUUGCUUCCCUCUGGUAGUAUUGUCCAGUUUCUAAUGGCUUUGUUUUGCCUGGGGCCUGUGCUUUCUUCUACUCUUGGGGACCCGGGGAAAAUGAGGUUAGGCCAUUGUCUCCCAGGUGUGCGUCUGGGAUGGCGAAAGAAGCAGCAGCUGUGAAACUUAACUACAGCACAGAGGUCAUCCUGUUGAAGGCGGAAGCUUACUACAUCAGUAUUUGCAUGACACCCAUUGCUAGGACUGCCCCCUCCAGCUCUGCCCUGAGGCUGGGACUCUGUCAUUGCUGAACAUCUCUUCUGCACAUUGCCCAAGUCACCCUGUUUUCUUCCUCUGCUGGUGUCUGUUGCUGCCCUGCCUAGUUAGGUCAUUUAACUUGACCUUGCACUUUCUUGGGAAAUAGUCAAGGUAGAUAGGUUUUAGCUAAGUGCUCCUUCAAACUCCAUAAUCAGUCCUGGUGUUUGUACUGAACUGGAGCCGAUAUAGUGCCCACCUCCUGUCCUGCUGUUGAAGAAGCUGAUCUCUGCAGGAAUGCCCUAGUGCAAGGCCAGUCCCUUUCCCACCCCCUUCUCACCUCCCCCAGGCAGCUGGGAACAACCUCUCCCUUUGUCUGAACUUCUUGUACAGAAUAAUCCUCCUUACGGACAAUGUAUUCUCUGUGCCUUGUGGACACAGGAGCCGUGUGAGCUGAUCCCAGCACCAGGCAGGACGGGGGCGGAAUCCUUCCAAAGGCCCACGCUAGAUCAGCUCCUAAUUACUGUCUAGAGAAACCGCCAAGGGAUGUACAUUUUCUUCCAUCUGUUCCAAGUUGUGGGGGCUGGCCUAUUGAAGUUUAGCAAUGGGCCAGGAGUAGGGCUGGGGGCUGUGGUCCCUUUGUGAUUCAGUCUGGAGGGUUCACUGUGCCAACCUAUGGAGGCUCAGUGUGGCUCUGGCCUGACAGCCUUGAACACACAGGGGCUAACAUUUGGAAAGAGUUUGCCACCCUGCAGGUGAGGCUUUCUAACUGAAACUCCAGUCAUUGCUUCAAGAUGUAUUUUGUCCUACGGGACAAAUUUCCUCUCUUCUUCCCUUUAACUUCUGUCUCUUAUUUUCUAUUGAGGCAGGUUUUGGCUGUCUGUUGUCACCUCUUGAUCAGUUCACAUGCUCUCAAAAUAUCAUCUUCCCCCAAGUACACAAUGGACAAGGCCCCUGAGUUCCCUGGGCCUCCGUUUUCUCACCUGGGUGCUCCCAGUGAUCCUUCCUAGCUUUCAAGUCUGACAAUGAUUCUGAAGCCUGUAUAUCCCCAGGCAUUUUUCAUUUUCCUUAUUGCAUGACUAUGUUAUGAUAGGCAAAGUUUUUCUUAGACUGGCCUGCCAAUCCCUUGAACUCCUCCAAACUGUUCCUAAAUUUCCCUGUCACCUGCAGCUUAAAAUACAGACCUCCCUCUAGACCACUUCCCUAAAAUUGUUUCCUAACUUUCACUAGUUCUUUAGUAAAAGUUACAACAGAGAUAAAUACAUUGAAUGCCAGAAGUCACCUUCCCACUCAGGCAUCUCCUCUCUGGGCGAGAGACUCCGCCCACCCCCCCACCCCCCCAAGGCAGCAAAUUUUACUUUUCCACAUGAUAACCUUCCCCAUGGAAUCGAUAUAUGCACUCAGGCAUCUCCUGUCUGGGCAAGAUAUAUCUCUGGGCAAGAGAUAAAUACAUUGAACGCCAGAAAUCACCUUCCCACUCAGGCAUCUCCUCCUCUCUGGGCAAGAGACUCCAUCCCCCCUAAAGGCAGCAAAUUAUACUUUUCCACAUGAUGAUAACCUUCCCCAUGGAAUCGAAUCCAAGGCACCAGGGGUUGCUCCCCUUCCUGUGUUUCCUCUGCCAUUUCACUCCCUUCCCUGCUGUCACCCAAAUUUCCCUCCUUCAUGGUCAUUUUGAUAAUGAAUCUUCCCUGACCCACAGCCCAUGUGUAGACCAUCCUUGUUUUGUAUUCAUUUCUCUGGGCUGCACCCAUUUUCACAACCCUGGUUAGUAUCCUUCCAUGCUAAUCCUUGAGCUCACAUCACCACUCACUUGACUCUCGGCCAUGCUCUUGAAAUACGGAGCCUACCAUCACCAUCUUACUUCACGCCCCACACUCACUCUUUAGCCCCACUUCCAGUCUUCCUCAGGAACUAGCCUGUCUCCUGUCACUGCUGACCUGAUAGCUAAAUCCAGACUUUUUUCAGUCCUUCUGUCUCUUACUUAUCUUCAUGGUUUUAAACAGGGCUGGCCUUUGCUUUUCCACCUUUUCCCCUUUACUGGCUCCCACUUCUCUGACCUUCCUUUCUCUGCAGCUUUUGGCCUUCUGUCCCUCUGCCUGCUUCUUAAAUGUUGUUAUUCUCCAGGACUCUGUCAUUAACCUGCUUUUCUUAUUCUACCUGCUGUCUCUGUGACCACCACUUUUAUGUACACAAUUCAAACAAGUUUUAUCAGACAGCCCAGACCUCUUUGCUGACAUGCAGAUGCCUAUUGGGUAUUUCUGCCCCUAUGAUCCGCAGGUACCUCAGGUUCUGAAUGUGCCAGUCCAAUCAUCUUUCCCUCCAAACCUGUUUCUUUUCUAGUAUCCUAGGUGUGACCUAAGCCAGGUCUAUGGAAACUGUCCUAAACACUUGCACACUCAGUCAGAUAAAAAUCCUGUCAGUUCUGCCUCCCCAGGAUCCAUCCAUCCUGGAUGGCCAGCUGAUGUGAAGAACCGAUUCAUUGGAAAAGACCCUGAUUCUGGGAAAGAUUGAGAGCAGGAAGAGAAGGGGGCCUGGAGCCUCACCUUAAAAGUGAUGUUUGGACUCCCUGCAUCCAGGCUUGCCCAUUCCAACUCAUCUUCCGUAUGGCUGCCAGAUAGAUUUCUGCAGAUCUGAUCACAUUAUUCCCUUGAUUAAAGUCCUUUUGAUAGUUUCCUUCCUAUGGUUCUCAAGCUGGGGUCCACAUACUAGACAGGUUGGUAGGGGCAGUGUGCUGGGCAUACUGAAAGUUAUAAGGUAAAGCUCAUGCUAGACUGCCCAUUUUACUCAAGGGUAAGUAACUUAAACAAAAUGCAGAAUUAUCAGGCAUGCAGUAAAGAGUAAGUAGACUUUGGAAAAUUCCUACUAGUCCGAAGGAUUUCAUACUAAGUCACUAAACUCUCUGGGGAUAUUUAUUCUUUUUGGUUUUUUUUUUUUUUUUUUUUUUUUUACAUUUAUUGCAGUGGACAAGUUUGAAAAACAGCGCAAAUUUCCUGGAAAAGAAAGUUGAGUUUUUUGUGAUCUAGCCCCCUGACUUCUCCUGACUUAAUUUCUGUACUGUCCUGCCACUGUAUUCCCACAUUGUACAAAUUGCUUGAUGUUUCCUGAGUGUAACUCUCUUUGGCCUCCCAUUCCUUUAUUCCCACUGUUCCCUCUGCACAGAACAUUUUGUCCCAUCGUUCUGUGAUGAAUAUCCAAUCGUCUUUCAAAAUUCAGCUCACAGGUCACACUCUGAAGCUGUCCAAGAAACCUGUCUGUCCACAGCCCAGUGCCAUUCCCACUAGGUGCGGUCAAUGACCUGCUCUUUUAUGCUCUAUAUUUGUACCUUGUACAAACUUAUUCUAGCUCCUGCUGUUCUUUAUUGCCCCCCAAGUUCAAGCACCCUGCACUGUCAAAGUUUGAAUCCAAUUAUUCUAUCUGAGAGCUAUAUUUUCUUUGGCAAGAAAUGUGCAUGCCUGGCAUACAUGGCAUCUGGCCCAUUAUAAACACUGUAAGUGGUAGCUGCUGCUAUUACUGUUAUUAUUUGGUUGACCUUGGAAAGAGAGUAUAGUCUAGCAUUUUGGUUAAAAGAGUAUUUUCUAGUGCCAGAUUGUCCAGUUGUUCAGUCGUGUCUGACUCUUUGCAACCCCAUGGACUGCAGCACACCAGGCUUCCGUGUCCUUCAAUA